AUGAUGCAAGCUCAACGCCGGGGCGAUCCCGGUGCUGUGCUGAUAAUUGCGAUGUCGUCUGGCCAUUUCGACUGGCCGGGAUCGUCAGCCGACCAAGUGCGCCAGAGGACACGCGAAAUGUACGUUUCAAGCAAACCUAAUCGCAGCACUCCUCACGAUCAUGUUGUCCAAACCUAUUCAAUGGGGAAUGAUGGCAGCAUACCAAAGUUGGUUGAGGUGUUGCAGAAAGACGAGCGAUGCUACAUGGGUAGUGGGCUGGUGUACUCCGCCGGCGCGCCACGCCUCGAUAGAAGCCAAGGUCUGGAAUACGCACAUACCCUUAGUGUGUCCGACGAUCGAAGACUAAAGGAAUACUAG